AAAAUAGCCCUCACAUAGACACAAAAGCUUCUAGAUCUUAUAAUAUAGAAAAAUCCCUGCGGUCGAUUCACCAUCCGUGCACUUAUACACACACACACAUAUAUAUAUUAUCACACACAAAACAAAUAUUUUCCCCCAAAAAGAAAGGGAAAAGGAAAUAAUAAUGAAAAACUCAUAAAUUUCCAUAGUGAAUUGAAAAUCUUCUAAUUCUCAUCAGUGAAGGACUGACUCCGAAACCGCCCAUCUUCACGGCGGCGAUUGCAGAGGAACCGAAGGGAGGGUCUUUUUUUGUGAAAGUGGUUGAAGAAGAAGAAGGUUGGGUUUUUUUUUUUUCUUUUGAAAAUGAAGCCAUCGGCGAAGCCGAUAUCGAGUCCAGGUCGGACGGAGAAAUUUCCGCCGCCAUUGAUGAGGUUUUUGAGGAGCAAUGUGGGGAGCAAAAGCAGAGGAAGGUCACGUGCUAGUCCGAUGAUGUUCAUGAGAAGGAAGACUAACGCAACCGCCAUUGAAACUCAAGAGCCUUCAUCCCCUAAAGUCACUUGUAUCGGCCAAGUCCGAGUUCGUCGCGCCACCACGCGCCGCCGAAAGCGUUCUGGUACUCCUACGCGCCGUCGUCGAUGUCGUUGGACCCGAGCUGCUCUGUUUUGCCCCUGUUUUCGAAAGAAAUUCAAACCCAAUUCUUCUCCAAUUUUUCAGAGAUUGGUCUCGUUUUUUCAAUGUGGGUUCCGCCGGAAACCCAAAGUUAGAACAAAUUCGCCGCCGCGGGAAACCCCCUUUCAUGGCGGAGUUGAAAUUUCAAACACAGAAAUCCAAGUUGUCGCCGCUGUCGACAACGAUGAAGAAGAAGAAGAAGAAACCGCCGAAGCGUUGAUUUCUUCAAAUUCUUCUCCCCCGAAGAACGCAUUGUUAUUAACGAGAUGCAGAUCUGCUCCAUAUCGAUCGACAUCAUUAGCGAGUAGAUUUUGGGGGUCUCCUUUGAAAAACGAGGAAAAUCAGGAAGAAAAAGAAGAAGAAAAAGAAAAAGAACAGAGCACAAAGCCCAACAAUGGCGGAAAAACAGUCGAGAUUGAGAAACCCACAUCCCAAAGAGCUUCAGUUUCGGAUCAAGAUCCGAGUGGAGGCUUAGAAUUCGAGGAGGACGAGGAAUUUGCGAAGAACAUUGACGAACAUUCCAUUCCAGAAAGAAUCGUCACAUCAGCUAAUAUUAAACGGGAAAAAACAGGGGAAGAAGAAGAAGCCCUCGGAAGCUCAUCUCGGCCGUUGAUUUUGACACGUUGCAAAUCGGAACCGUCGAGAACGGCGGAGAAGAUGAAUCCAGAAGUAGGAUUCUGGAAGAAGAGAAGGUUGGGGAUUCCUGAUUCUUGCUUACCAAACAAUUUAUAACAAUAUAAUUAUUAGCAAAAACACCACUUUUAAUUCUUAAUUCCUUCUUCUUCUUACUUCAAUAUUCAUAGUUUUUUUUUUCUUUUUUCAUUUUGGGUUUUGUAUAAAUUUCUCUAUCUCUAAAGCUAUGGUAGAGAAUCUCCAUAGCAAAAAGAAAAAAAGAAAAAAAGAAAAAAAAGCUAUGAUGAAGAAAUUGUGAAAAUUUUUUAAUUUUAUUAUUUGCCCAUGAAAAUCUAGAGCUUCUAUAUUUAAUGCCUCUUU